GACGUGAUCUGCUGUCUGGCAGGUAAAAUAAGGAAGAGGAGAAGAUGGCACAUCAGGGCAGCGGACAGGCCUGGGGAAAACUUGUGAAAUUCGACACAUCUCCGUGUUCAGAGAUAUUACUUAUAAAUAGAGAAUGCACGGUGGGAAGAAAAAAAGAUUGUGACCUCUCAUUCCCGGCUAAUAAACUGGUCUCAGGGAAUCAUUGCAAAAUCACUCAAGAUCAGAACUCAGGAAAGGUGUGGCUGGAGGACAUGAGCACCAAUGGAACAGUGGUCAAUAUGUCCAAAGUGGUGAAGAAGCAGAUACAUUUACUGCAGAAUGGUGAUGUCAUUCACUUUGUGUACAGGAAGAAUGAGCCAGAGCAAAACAUUGCUUAUGUUUAUCAGGCCAUCAGGCCACAGGAAAGUGCCUCACAGGACGUUGAAGACGCUGGAAGAGAAGAAGAUUCAGAUCUGACGGAAACCGAGAGUGAACCAGCACCAGUAGAGCCUGUUAUUGUAAAGCCUCUACCUCAGUCUGGGCAUGAGGAUCCUCAGCCAUCUACCUCCAACUCUUCCUUCCACUUCUACAACAUGCCAUUAUCUACCUGCUCUGAUGUGUCUGCAAAGAAGAACCCAGUGAGUUCUUCAGUUAUUCGUAAAGGAGAAUCAGAGAUGACUGCACCAGCAGGCAGCCCUGGGGAGCCGGUCAUGAAUCACACUCACCUGAAGUGGACCUGUUGGACUGAAGGAGCGCGACAGAUGGAGCCAGAGGUGGAAAUGCAGAGGAAAAGAAGAAAAACUGACAAAGAUGAUCAGGAGGGGUAUGGAUCUUCUCACAGUGACUCUGCUGUUUUUGCAGCAGCUCCUCAGGUUCCUCUCAGAGGAGCAGCAGGAAAAGAGAAAAGUGAAGGAGCCACAACAGACAAAAUGGAAGAAUCCCUCACAUGCAUUGUCUGCCAGGACCUGCUGCACGACUGUGUCAGUCUUCAGCCCUGCAUGCAUACAUUUUGUGCUGCCUGUUAUUCUGGCUGGAUGGAGCGUUCCUCCCUCUGCCCCACCUGCCGAUGUCCUGUGGAGAGGAUCCGUAAAAACCACAUCCUCAACAACCUGGUGGAGGCUUACCUUCUCCAGCACCCAGAGAAGUGUCGGAGUGAAGAUGACUUGUGCAGCAUGGAUGCCCGAAACAAGAUCACGCAGGACAUGCUGCAGCCAAAGGUCGAACGCUCCUUCUCGGAUGAAGAGGGCAGUUCAGACUAUCUGUUUGAGCUCUCAGACAAUGACAGCGACAUUUCUGACUUGAGUCAGCCCUAUAUGAUGUGUCGGCAGUGUCCAGGUUAUCGGAAGGAGCUUAGCUCUGCCCUGUGGAUCUGUGAGGCCGCUCAAUCAGAAGGGCCAGCUAAAGUGCCUGGAGACGGCCCCUCCACAUCCUCUGACACCUCCACAGCUCCUCAGGAGUUCAGAUGUCCUCCUCAGGGCAGUCACCUCAUCUGCUCCUGCUGCCUGCAGCCCAUGCCCGACCGACGCUUCGAGCACCUUCCCCCUCAGAUGUCCCCGCAGCACUGUAUGGUGUGCCAGAAACCUUACUGUCAUGUGUACUGGGGCUGCCAGCGGAUCGGCUGUCACGGCUGCCUUGCACGUUUCAGCGAACUUAACCUUAAUGAUAAAUGUCUGGAUGGAGUUUUUAAUGGAAAUCAAUAUGAGUCUGAAGUCCUUCAGAAUUAUUUGACUUCUCGAGGAAUGAGCUGGAGGCAUAUGCUGCAGGAAGUGCUCCAGGCUGUACAGCAGGGCCUGUACCAGCUCUCCGAUUUCAGAAUCACUGCCAACUCUUUCCUGUGCUACUGCUGUGGACUUCGCACGUUUAGAGAGCUUGCAUACAAAUACAGAGAGCAUAUUCCUGCACCAGAGCUGCCAGGAAAUUCAACCACAUAUGUGAGCAGACGCGGUUUAAGAACUAAAGCUGGAGGAGCGUCGUUUGAUUUGACAGCAGUAGUUUGGGAGUUUGACUGUCUCAGCAGCUUCAUCAUUAGCCUGCUUCUGGGUGCAGGCAUGUGUUAUACCUCUUUACUCCUCUAGAUGGCAACCUUACAUAUGCAAAGUCAAUCAGAUGAUGAUAAACCAAUCAUCCUUGAGGUAUGGUGUCAGCAUGUGGAAACAUCUGAUCUGGAUCUGCACAGUGUGUAGAAACAGACACUAGUUUUCCAUGAUGUACUGACUGUCACUCUUUCAGUAUGCACACUUCAUUCCACUAUGCUAUUGACAUGCUUUCAUGCUGCAUUUCUGCUUAUAAUUGUGAAACGAGACAACACUGGCAAUCACCUUUACAUGCAAAAAGCUCUUUAGCGUGAACCUUAUACAAUAUACAAAAUAUAUAACUAACCUUUGGUGCCUAAGAGUCGACUCUGAGUGUUUGCGCUUUCUUUGCAUAUGUCACAUACUUCCAUUUGAAUGUUCUUUCAAUGAGUUCAUAAACUGCUCGAGACAUUUAAAUGCUACUGAGAUUAUUGAAAAUGUAUGUUAUAAAAAAGGGAUGAUCGUGUUGGUCAAGUGCACUAAACUCUCACAUGUUAGGUAUUCAGCAUCAGUAGCUGCAUUUUGUAUUUUAUAAUUUUUCUAAUCAUUAAGGGCAAUAAGCCAUGUAAAGAAAAGGUGUGUAUUUUAUUUUCCUCUAACACAAGACUGAGGGUAUAUCGCACUGCAGGGGAUAAUCAAGUCAAAUCUGAUUUAUAAUAAAGGCUUCGAUGCUUUCGCACAUCUUGUUAUGAUUAUGGAAUUUUUGCUUUUGGCUCAUAUGCAAACAAGGCCAUUUUUUAGCUAGUCAGUGGAUGAUGCAUUUGCUAGUGUUUUCCUAUGUAACUAAGAUAUUUGAGUUUUUCUUUUACUUGUGGGAUUGGUGAUAUUAUAGGUAGAUGGUAUGGCCAUACAAUAGCUGAUUCAAUAUUUUUACAUUUUCUGACUAGGCUAGAGCUGUGUUUCUGGACUAGUAAAAUAGUUUUUUUUUUUUUUUUUUUUUUUUUGCUUAUUCCCAACUUCCCCAAUAAGUUUUUUUUCAGUUGGUGUAUAUUUUUAACACUCAGCUGGUUCUUGUUUAACUUGGUAAACCACAUUGGUUUUAGCCAUAGUUCUUCCUAAUGUUUUUUUUUUUAUUAAAUUUUAAUGUACCGAGGAAGCCAAUGUGAUCCAUAAAAAAGUUACCAGUCAGUGUUUAAAAUGUGGCAUUGAGCAUCAAAGCCACAUAAAAAUUCUCAACAUUUUACCCUUCAACAUUUUUUUUUAAUAAAAACAUUGAAAGAAUGAACAAAUAUUUGUAACUUUUUAAAAUACCUGAAAGUAGAUACAUGCUGUAUCUCAGUUCAUUGUCAUGUUUUGUAAAUAUUUCCCAAAAUUUUGCAGGGAACUUUUUACAUUACUGUUACUUCGAACAUAACGUUGUUGUAAUUUUUUUCUUUUUCUUUUUUGCCAUUUUUUUGGGGUCUGUUGUCCCUUUUACCAUGGCAUUCUUCAGAGGCUCAAAUUAGACUUCCUACAACUGUAGAGGUCAAUCCGCGCCAUCCCUCACCAGCUCUUUAAUGAAGGGCGACAGAAGGCCUCAGCUCUCUAAAACCUCACACACUGACCUAAUGGCACCUGACAAACGGCCACAUUUGCUGGAUUUGCUACACUUCAUUUACCCAGGAUAAUUCACCCUGCUUUACUUUGGAAGUUUGCUUGGAAAUGUUUCUACAAUGGCAAAUUAAUAGUUGUUUUUCUCUGUCUUUUAUGCAUUUGGUGGAUGGUUUUAUCUAGAGCAACUUUCCCCAAACUUUAUCUGAUUGCACAUUAAUUGGUAUGCAAAAUAGUAUUUAUCAAAUGUACACAAGUAUCAAGAUAUGUGGAAAAGGGUUUUAUAUUGUAUUCAAAUAUCUACAUAAACAUUUUGUUAUAAAAUGUCAGAUAGACUGAUAGAGCUUCCUUUGAAACCACAUACAGGCUCUUGCAUAAACCUAAAAGGUGGUUUUAGGUGAGUGGAAUGGUGUUAUGGUGUGAGCUCCAAAGUGGGUCUCAUUCUGUGAACUCUUCAAAUCUGCAGGAAGGGUUGAGGGAUUUAUUCAGGAAUGGUCCCGAGUGUUAGAAAGGCUUUAGAGGUUGCUUUGCAUUUACUGAAAGGGAAACGUACUGCAAAUAUUUACUUGCUUGGGUUGUAUGGGAUUUUUUUUUCCUGUCAGAAAAGGGGGUGUUUAAUUCUACCUCAAAGUUUAAACCGGGGCUUCAAAUGGAGAAAAAAGUUUUCUGCUCAUCAGGUUUUUGAGUAACUAUAGGAAGCCUGUAUAAUAGCACUGUUAAUGUUCUAUAAUUGAAUUAGUGCUUGCUGUGCCUCUUGUUUGUAAUGCCUAGAAACAAAUCUGACUAAAAACCUUGUUUAAUUGACUGCACUAAUAAUA